UUCCGGGUAGUUCUGUGGCUUCUUGUAAGUGACAGGAGAGAAAAGUCGAGAAAUCCCUUUAAGGAGAUUAAUAACUACAUGCAAUAAAUAUAGAGCUGCAUGUUUAGCGGAAAAGGUCUACAUAUAGUGUGCAUAUAGUGUGCCCUUGUUUCAUUAUGCUCAGUUUUCUCCGUUGUCGGUGCUCGAUAAUGUCUUAAAAGCUAGCUGGUAGGAACUUAGCUAAGUCUAGUCCUGUGUCGCUUUAUUCAGCCUGGAUGAGCUGUGAAAGUAAUAUGAAGAGGAGACACAUGGGGAACUCUAGCACGUCAGGUUCUUCUAAAACCCAAGAGGGGGAACAGGUAUACACAGAUGUCCCUGCUCUCCCGCUGGGAGUUCUGGAGGAGAUCUUCCACAAUGUUCCUCCAGAGCAGCUGGUGUGCAGGUUCCGGCUGGUGUGCCACGAGUGGCGGGAGACGGUGGACAGCGCGUGCCUGUGGAAGGAGAGGUGUCGCAGGGAAGGCUUCGAGCCCAAGCACCCCGACAGGGUGCCCAGUGACUGGAGGCUCUUCUACUUCCUGUGCAAGAACAGGAGGAACCUGCUGAAGAACCCCAAGGCUGAGGAGGGUUUUUCAGGAUGGGAGAUUUUGGAGAACGGAGGGGACAAGUGGAAAGUGGAGGACGUCAUGAUGGAGCAUCCCGACGACACAAUCACCAAGAACUUUGUCACAUCUUAUUUCUCAUGUAUGAAAUGCCAAGUGAUUGAUUUAGAAGCAGAAGGCUACAGUGCCUCUUUCAUGGACGAAUUUCAACCCAGUAUUCGUAUAUCUGACUGGUAUGCACCUCGUUGGGAUUGUGGAUCGGAAUAUGAAAUGAGAGUUGAGCUCCUCGGUGCAAAGAAAAAAAAGAUCAUCACUUCAUUGACAGAAAAGGAAACCUUUCAGCAAUGGAACGACCAGAAAUGGACCCAGGUGACGCGCGUGUUUACAAAUUACGGAAAAGGAGUGCGCUACAUCCGAUUUACGCACGGAGGGAAGGACACCCAGUUCUGGGCUGGCUGGUAUGGCAUACGGGUUACCAACAGCAGCGUUGAGAUAUGCCCUCUAGAUGAGAAAGAUGAGGUAGAUCAGAGUCAAGUCACAAAUUAGAUAUAUAUAUUUAUAUAAUAAAUGUUAAUAUAAUACGACAUAUUCAUGUCGUUCAUACACCCAGGCUUUAUUCCCCAACACGACAGCUGAUAUGUCGGUUGGCGAGUGAGUUGGCUGGAAAUAGGCGGUUGUAUUGCAACUGAGAACAAAAGCAGCUUACGUUCCAUAGAUAUGAACACUAGAUGGUGUAUUUAGCCUUUUGGCAUGGCCCAACCCCGGGUGCCGCCAUCUUGGUCCGGUAUCCUGUUAUUCAUGAAGUGCACUCCAAUAGGCAGACUUCCGUCCUCCACUUGUGCUCGUGGCCUCGCAUGUUGGUGACAGCCCCGUCUCCGUCCCCGCUGUCAGCAUAGCCACAACAGUUUUGGGGGGACUGUUCUUCAUUCACCAUCCCAAUUGGAAAUGAGGAAAUGACAUUAGAAUUGUGCUUUUGCAAGAUAUUGAAUUAAUUUUCUGACGUCUCUGAUGUCAUCAUGAGGUCACAAGCAGGCAAGUGAGCAAGGAAGGAUGGAAGUCCGCAUAUUGGAAUGCACCCAUAGACGUCGUGUCAAAGAUAGUCAGUAUGGUAGACCUUGGGUUAUGUGACCACCACCUACUGGAUAAUGUGUCACCAAUUCAUGGCAGUGUUAUACCGGCUGCAUCUAGUGUUCAUAUCUAUGGUUUUGUACAGUAGUUAGCAAUUGUGGUGUUGUUGGGAAAUGGAGCCUGGUUCAGUACAGUGCUGCUGUCUGCCCGUCCAAAGCUAUGCCUCAUAAUGCCUUGAAACUGACUGACACUUUACUGACUCAACUCCUUCAACUUCAGCUGGCUGGCAAGCUGGCUGGAUACCUGACUUCACAUCACGUCAAACGAGAGUGUGAAGGCUUUUUCCUGCUGUCAAAUUAUAAAGUGGAGAGCUCGGGUUGCCUUGCACUUGCCAGGGGUUAAGUAUUGUGGUGUUAGGACAAGAAUGUGCUGCCUGUCAGCCAGCCAUCUAGUUCCCUUAUCUAAGUCCAUUGACUCCACUAUAUGUUUGUCCUGAUUCCUUCUACUCCACCUCUCUCUACAUUGCUUUCACAGUUGUCUAUAGUCUUUUGUAUCUGAUUGUCACUUUUUCUCUAAUUCUGUAAUUAUUUGUGUGUAUUUCCAUGAUAUUGUAAUCCAUCCCUCCAACAAUAUUUCUGACUUGUUGCAUGUUGUGGUAUUGGAACUGACUUGUCAGUGUGUAAUCCUCAUAUAGGUCCAAAAUACACAUUUGUUAAUUAUCCAAUAUUAUGACAUUAUGUCCAAUCCUCAAUAAUAUAACUUAUUAUUUUAACAAGCCAUGGUAAAUUGUAUAUAAAUCGUGUUAAUUUCUUGUUAUUAUAAAUGUCUCUGUCUUACAUGAACAAAUUGCACCUAAAUAAACUUAAUGUUAAGUCUUGCAGAAAGAAAAAAAUCUUUAAGAUGAUCUCUGUUCUAUAUUCUGCAAUUUACAUUUGCUCUUAACAGGGGAAUUUCUACCAAUUUCAGUAUACAGUUGUAUUGCUAACGGUACAAUUGAUUUCUAAAUUAACACCCAACAAUGCUGCAUUUUUUUUGUUCAGCCCUUCAGCUCCUGUUGAGGAUCUUUGAAAGGGCUGAACAAAGAAAUGCUGCGUCAUCGGUUGACAAGUGGCAACUGACAAUAAAACUGCAUGAUUUUUGUAGGAAGGAAUAGGUUUUUUAGUUAUUUUUAUGGCAGGAAUAGUUAGAAUUGACGAUGCCAAUCAAGUGCACACAAAUAUGUCUGCCUGCCUGACUGCCUUCAUAGUUUGAGAUUAAUCUUCAAAGUUAUGUGGCAAUCUGCGAGCUGAUUAACACAUUAUGCUCUUAUGAAAGGUGGCAAAGGUCUGAACAGAUUACCGGCAGUACACUUGAAAUGGGCAUAGCCUGUACACAUUGAGAAAAAUGGAAUAUAUACAGCGAAGUAGUAUGUAUGCUGUAGUGCUGCUAUUUAAAAUGGUAUAUACACAGGUUAAGGUAGCGAGGUCCUACCCAUACACUAGUACUCGUUUCGUAGAGGGUCUAGGCCUGCAUACCGUAAUUGACCAUGGAUUUCAGUCGGGAGAUGUUUAACUUUUCAGAAGUUUGAUUUUACUCACUGAAUUCACAUCCAAGAACACUAGUCUAGACAUAACAUAUAGGGCAAAGCUGAUUGAGCAGAACUUUACGAAAGGCUGAGGCCAAGCUAAGGUGGAGGUCCUCUGGUUAACAUUUUGUAAUUGCAAAAUGCUGCAAGGGGGGAAAUGCCUGAAAGGCCCAUUCACAGGAGCUUUGACUAUGAUCAGCCAAGAGCUACCAUAUAUCCCAGAUAAGCCUGAAUCUGCUAUUCCCAUUACAUAAAAGUGUAAUCAGAGAUGGCAAUCUGGACCCAAGUGAUGCAUAGGCG